AUGAUAUUUCUGGUCCAAUGCGUUGUAUUGCCAAUGUCUAAUGAUAAUUAUGAUGAUGCUGAAAUAAUACAAAAUGAACUUUAUCAUGAUUUUAAUAUUGAAGUACCAAUUAAAAAUAUUGGUGGAAAUCUAUAUGCUCGAAUAUCAACACAUAUCUAUAAUUAUAUUGAACAAUAUGAAGAAUUAGUGGUCGAGAGUCGAAUACGUCGUAAACGACAAGUGGAUUUACGAUCAAGUGCUUAUUAUGGUCUAGGUGCUGUAUCAAAUGUGCGCUAUAAUCUGGAAUUAUUUGGUCCAGGAUCCAAUUUGCAACCAAUUGGAAACAAUUGGUAUGUACCAGGUAUUUCACCAUAUCCAUAUAAUUAUCCACCUAACUACAAUAUGCAACAAUAUCCAUAUCAAACAGGCUAUGGUUAUCCUAACACAUUUAAUGCUUAUGGAACUGGACAAUAUGGUAAUACAGGAUCUCUCAAUCAAUAUGGUAACAAUAAUGAUCUAGCUUAUAUUGGUCAAUCUUACGUCCCACUAAACAACGAGUGGUUACCUUUACCUGGUGUCAAUCGUCGUCGUCGUCAAUAA